AUGUCGAGCUUCGGUGGCCGCCAGGAGGUCAAUGACUACGGGAAGAAGGAAACGAGGUCAGCGGUAGACCGACACGAGCUUUACGUCCAGCGUUUUGCUUUUCCUCCGUUCCAGACUUACGCCCGUUUCACAGGGGCACCCCUCAAAGUUCACAAAAUCACCAACCCAUGGAGAAGCCCCUCAGGAUCCCUCCCAGCACUAAAGACGCAGAACGAGGGGGUUAUUUCCGACACGCAGCAAAUCAUCACCCAUUUUAGGAAGCAGAAAUUCAACGCAGACUACGACCUCUCGGCGUUGCAGGGAGCCGACACACUGGCCUUCGUCUCUCUGAUGCACAGGAAACUCCUGCCGAUGCUGAUCCACACUUUCUGGGUUGAUGGAAAGAACUACGUGGAGCACACGCGAAAGUGGUACGCGGAAGCCAUCCCGUUCCCACUCAACUUCUUUCUGCCGGGCCGAAUGCAGAAACGCCAGCUGGAGCGUUUGCAGACCGCCUGCGGGGAAAACUGGCAGGACAACGAAGAGGAGCUGGAAAAACAGCUUUACCAAGAAGGCUGCGAAUGUCUGACGCUUCUCUCCCAACGCCUCGGCCGGAAGAAAUUCUUCUUCGGAGACUCACCGGCUUCCUUGGAUGUAUCCGUGUUCAGUCUCUUAGCCGGGCUCCUUCAAGCCAGACUUCCCAGUGGCAAAUUCCAGCAACACCUCAGAUCUCUCCCAAACCUGUGCAAUUUCUGUACCUCUAUUUUGAGCCUUUACUUUCCCUGGGACGGAGGUGAGUUUCCUGCUGCGUUGGCGAAGCCGAACAGUUUUUCGGCUGGGGACGGGAGCGACACCGAGGAGGAGACCCACAAGCGGCGCAACCAGUUCCUCUCCGUGCUGGUGGCUCUGGUGGCCAUGGUGGGUUAUGCCUUCCUCACGGGCAUUGUCUCCAUCCAGAAGCAGGUCCCACGCCACGCAGAACCGCACGCCAUCACCCUGGACGACGUGGAGGAAGAGGAGGAGGAGGAGUGAGGGGCGGAGGGCUCCCAACGGACUUGAUUUUUUUUGUACGGCCACGCCGGGCCCUGCGCCCCGUCUCUUUCAAGAC